AUGGGUACUUCUGACAUUGAGGCGGCCAGUGAAGCGAAACCCGUUGGAUCCCCAGAGACCCACCCCCACAGUCAGGAGACGGGAGUAAUGAUGGAGAUUACAUCGAGUCUCACCGACGAACAGGUAUUCGACAAAGCAGUGCUUAGCACCAGUGCACUCUUCGGCCUCCAAGAGGACACUCACCUCACGGGAAACCAGUAUUCCCUCGUCGGCUCAAUCUCCGCCAUAGCCCAGCUCGCAUGGCAGCCCUUCUCGGCCUGGCUGAUCGUUAAGGUCCCUCCCCGCAUCUUGAUGCCCGCAAUGAUCCUGGGGUGGGGCAUCGCCGAGGCCAGCAUUGCGGGCUGUCAUAGCUUUCCAACUCUGCUCACGGCGCGCUUCUUCUUGGGUCUUUUUGAAGCAGGUUGCCUCCCAUUGUUUACUUAUCUUACUGGAAUUUGGUAUCGGCGUUCCGAGCAGCCUCUCCGCAUUGCUAUCUGGAACGGCAUGAACGGUAUCUCGACCAUAGCAGCCGCUGCGAUUUCUUAUGGUCUGGGUCAUAUCGAGUCCGAACUCCUGAGGCCCUGGCAAAUCAUCUUUCUUUUCGCCGGUUUACUCACUAUAGUCAGUGCGCCGAUCGUGUACUGGAAAUUGGACAACGACAUCUCAGUCGCCCGCUUCUUGACUGAAGAGGAGCAGCUUCUGGGCAUCGAGCGCCUUCGUGUUAACCAGACUGGCGAGAUCAGCCACGAAUUCAAGUGGUCUCAUGUGAUCGAAGUUGCACUGGAGCCCAAGUCCUGGCUUUGGGUGGGAAUGGUGAUCCUGCCGAACAUGGGCUCUGGCAUGACGGGCGUCUUCGGCACAUUGAUCAUAAAAGGGUUUGGGUUCGACAAGUUCCAGACAUCGUUGUUGAACAUUCCAUUUGGCGCCAUGCAGACCAUUGUUAUCCUCCUGAGCUGCUGGGCUGCCACGAAGGCGAAAUUGAAGUCAGUGGUGUUGAUCGCCUUCACUAUUCCGGCUAUUGUGGGCACGGCAAUGCUAUACGGACUCAACCGUAGUGCGGCUGACCGUCCGGCGCUCCUCGUCGCGUACUACCUGUGUGCCUGUCUGUUUGCAGGGAACCCUCUCAUUCUCGCGUGGGCAAUCGGUAACACGGCCGGGGCAACAAAAAAGUCCACAAUGCUCUCUUUCAUCCAGGCCGGAGUGUCGGCUGGGGCGUUGUCAGGGCCAUUGCUUUUCACUAGCGAGCAGGCACCAAAGUAUCUCCCAGGUAUCCGGGCUGUGCUCGGAAUCUUUAUUGCAUUGAUUGGUGCGGCUGUCAUUCAGCUGUUGAAUCUGAUGUUCCUGAAUAAGCAGCAAAGGAAGAAGCGGAUUGCCAAUGGAAAGAGCGGGGACGUUGUUGACGAGUCCAUGCAAACCUCGGUCAAUACGACAAGCAAAGGACAAAUGCAAGCUUUAGAAGAGGUGGUUGCCCUGGACUUGACAGAUCGUGAGAACGACCAAUUUGUCUAUCUCUACUGA